AUGUAUUUUAUCAUUGGUUUAACAGUUGUUAUCGCCUCGGCCUGGAUGCUGACAGAUCCAACAUUUGUACUGUCAAUGACACAAUCCUACAAUCAUUAUUACAUUGCUCUGUAUGUGUUUUUGGGUAUUGGAGUUUUGAUCACAAUUGGGGCAUUUUUCGGCUGUUGUGGUGUUUUGAAGGAAUCACAGUGUCUGCUGGUGUCGUUUUUCUGUGUAACUUUGGUGGUGAUGGUAGCUCAGAUAGCUGCUGGCGCUUGGGCCUUUCACAACAAAGACAAACUUGAUGACAUUGUUAGAGCUUCAGUGAAAUAUUCCGUACAAGAGGAAUAUGGUCAAUCAAGCAUGAGUUCACGUACAGUUACAUUUGAUACGAUACAAAAGAAUUUAUAUUCAAGUUAUUGUGAGCUGUCACAACAAUCAGCUGUCAAUGUUAAUGAAUGUGUCAGAUUGGGCAUGGAAAGACCAUUAUAG